AUGUUGAGGAAGAUAUUAACUGAUCGUGCGGCUGAAGGACACCUCCGCCAGUACGUCCAUUUAGAGGACGCACACAAAGAAGUGAGCCCCACCUCUAAGUAUUCAAACGAAAGAGUUAUGGUAAUAUCAGGGGGAACAGCUGCAGGAGAACCAUGUAAGGAAGGACGGCAAAAAGGUCCAUCUCAUCUUCGCCCAGCACAGAAGAAUCCACCCUCUGUAGAAAUUUUCAAAGACGACUACAGAAGGGCGGCAGCUCCAUAUGAUGAUGACCCUCUGGUUAUAGAGAUCAAGGUGGCUAAUCUUAAGGUGAAGAGAGUACUGGUGGACACGGGAAGCUCGUCCGACAUAAUCAUUCUGCAAUGUCUGCGAAAAUUAAGGCACAAUCCUGAAGACAUAGAAAAAGUAUACGGGCCCUUGGUAGGAUUCGGAGGGAGCAUCGUUCGUCCAAUCGGCUCCAUUUUGCUUCCGGCCUCUGUUGGAGUUCCCCCAGUGACCAAAGAAGUUGCCAUCAGGUUUAUAAUUGUAGCAAACCUCACCACAUUCAACAUCAUACUUGGCUGUCCAACACUCAACGACCUAAAAGCUGUGAUCGUUCCUCAUUUACUGUUGGUCAAAUUUGUCGGAAGUAAUGGACGCGUUGGGUCUCUCUAUGGAAAUCAACAAUUGGCCAGGGAUUGUUACUUAUCGACAUUGGAGCCGACGGCCUUGGGAGCCUCUCCGAAGGGAAAAGAGCAGGCUAAACCUCUGGCAAGCCGUCGUAAAACCCGGGAGAUACCAAUGGAGACAAUGCAGAAAGACGACCUGAGCCAGUGGGAGCACACUAUGCUAUAA